AUGUCCAGUCGUGCCGAGGAAAAGUCGGACGUGCGAAGACGGGUGUGGAGGACGUUGCGCACGGUGGCCCGGCCAGACUCGCGGUUCCACUUCGACUUCACCAGCUUCAUCACGGACUUUGAGGGGUCAGACCGGGCGACGGCGCGGCUGGUCGAGCUGUCGUGCUACAGGGACUCGAGCGUCGUCUUCAUCACGCCCGACAAUUGUCUGGAGGAGCUUCGACUACGGGCGCUGCGGGACGGCAAGACGGUGCUGAUGACGACGUACGGCAUCCGUCGCGGGUUCUGGGAGCUGGACCCCCUCAAGAUCGACGCGAGCCAGUACGCCAACGCGGCCAUCCUGGACGGCAUGGAGAGGCUGGGCACGCCGCUCAGCCUGGCCGACAUCCUCGCCAGGGGCUGGCGCAUCCCGUUGAUGGUGACGGGCACGGGGGCCAUCAACACGCGCGGCGUCCGCUUCGGCAAGGGCCACGGCUUCUUCGACCUCGAGUGGGCCAUCCUCUACACCCUGGGCGUCGUCGACCGGUCCACCGUCGCCGUCGCUGUCGUCCACGACUGCCAGGUCCUCGAGGAGGAGCUGCACCCGGAGGAAUUCGACACCAUCUGCGAAGUCGUCGUCACCCCGACCCGCGUGUUGCACGUCCCCGACGUCCAGAAACCCACCUGCGGCGUGCUGUGGCCGCUCCUCCAGCCAAACAUGAUGGAGCGCAUUCCGCCACUGCAGGAACUCAAGGCCAUGAGUUUGCAGAAGUUGUGA